AUGAUAUAUAGGAAGAUACGACAUGUUCGUUUAAUCAACUUCCGAAACCUCAUAGAUGAUGAUACUACGAUACUUGAUACAUUCUAUACGUUGAGUAGUGAAGAUGUUCUACUUUAUGUCAGUGAAGUGAUACCUUCAGAAAACAACCCUAAUUUCCAGUUAGUAUCACUACCGAAGUUAGGUACGGAACUGACCUUGUCGGUUAGCCUCUUUGCUAAUUCCCUUAAUGAAAAGAUAGGGUGGACAGAGCUUCUAAAAUACACAAUCGAUCUUAAUGCUGAUCUAGUACAGAUACCUUCAUCGCUCUUAGACGAAUCCAACGAAAGUUUUCUCAAGACGAACUCUAUCAUACUACAAUUAUCUAAUGACCAAUUUUAUACCAUAAAGAAGUGUGUAGCAAAGCCAAUUUCCCCAGAUUCGAUAGCUACAACCCCCCAGGUGAAGAAAAAAUCGUAUACUUUUGACUCUAUUCGUUCAACGAAUAACAUCUACAAAUCGAUAAAGGAAUUAUCGCUGAUAAAGUUGAAACUUUCAAAUCAAAUUGAUCAGAAUAUCAAUCCCCAGAACAAGGCUGACGCUACUUCGGCAGAAGAUCUCCCAACUCUUGACAAAUUUGUAAAUAAGCAGAGACUAAUCAACGACACCCUUUCCUCUCAGAUUAUCAGGCGAAAGGUGGCGAUAAACGAAACUAAACAGUUCAUUAGCGAUCAUUCAUCUAUUGAUUACACCCAAAAUCAAAUUGAAUUCAUUAAUUCUCAGUUUGAACCAAUACAUGAACUGGAAACAACAUCAAUAUACCCUGAAACUGUAAAGCAAAUGAAAAAGUUUGCUGAAGUAAUUCUGGACGUGUUUAUCAUCGAGAGCGUCGAUAAUUCUAUAAAGUUUAAAAUUUUAGAUAUAGAAUUUCCUUCCACCGUGAAGCAGUUGCUUGAUUUAUGCUAUUAUGAAGAAAACAAUGCUGCUGAGACUGUUAUUCGUGUUAAUGCAACCCUUGCAUACAUAUCUCAGAUGAUGUCGGUUCUUGCUACAAUUACCAAAACAAAUUUGAAGUACCCAAUUCACUGGAAAGAAGACAAAUGCCAUAUAGCGGAUCGAUCUACAUCAUCUACUUUCCCUCUAUAUUACAAUCCUGUAUUAAAUGAAAAGGUUGCAGUUUCAAAGACCAGCAACUGCAUUAGGAAUCAUAUAAUCAAAAACCCUACGUUUGAAUUUGGAUUAAACUUGCUAAAUAGAAAUUUGAUGCUACUAAUUCAUCAUACAAACGAGUUGUUUCGACGCUUCUCUCAAAGCAAGUGCAUAGACAAUAGAUAUGUGGAUUUACAGCUGAGUAUUCCAAUAGAUUGUUUCGAUAAUUUCUUGUGGAACCUACAGUACUUAGUGUUGUUUCUAACAGCUUAA